UCACUUCACACUUCUCUUCACCAUUUCCAUUAUUUGAUCCACGUCGCUUCUCCCCUCUCCGUUUCGUAGGAUCCUCUCUUUCCGGUUCAAUUAAACAAAAAAACCGAACCGGCGGAUCUCGGUGUUGCUAUGGAGGCUCACGGUGGCGGGCUCCGCCGCGUCCUGGUGCUUGCCUUCUGCGUCGCCGGAAUCUGGUCGGCAUACAUCUACCAAGGCGUUCUUCAGGAAAAUGUGUCGACGAAGCGAUUCGGUCCGCGACAGGAAAGGUUCGAGCACCUUGCGUUUCUCAACUUGGCGCAGAAUGUCGUGUGUUUAAUCUGGUCCUUCAUAAUGAUAAAGAUGUGGUCCGGUGGCAAUAGUGGUGGUGCUCCGUGGUGGACUUAUUGGAGUGCUGGAAUUACCAACACCAUCGGUCCUGCUAUGGGAAUUGAAGCUUUGAAGUAUAUUAGUUACCCUGCUCAGGUGCUGGCAAAGUCCUCCAAGAUGAUUCCAGUUAUGUUGAUGGGUACUCUGGUAUAUGGUAUAAGAUAUACUCUUCCAGAAUACCUUUGUACUUUCCUUGUUGCUGGAGGGGUAUCGACAUUUGCACUUUUAAAGACUAGCUCAAAGACUAUCAGCAAGCUGGCACAUCCAAAUGCUCCCCUUGGAUAUGGGUUGUGUUUCCUGAACCUUGCUUUUGAUGGAUUUACCAAUGCAACUCAGGAUUCUUUAAAAGCGAGGUAUCCAAAAACAAGUGCUUGGGAUAUUAUGCUGGGAAUGAAUUUAUGGGGAACCAUAUACAAUAUGAUUUACAUGUUUGGAUGGCCCCAUGCAAGUGGAUUUGAGGCAGUUCGCUUUUGCCAACAGCAUCCAGAGGCAGCAUGGGAUAUUUUCCUCUAUUGCUGCUGUGGUGCCGUGGGCCAAAAUUUCAUCUUCUUGACUAUAAGCCAGUUUGGCUCUUUGGCCAACACUACCAUCACUACCACUCGCAAAUUUGUAAGCAUUGUGAUAUCUUCUCUAUUGAGCGGGAAUCCCCUCUCAACAAAACAAUGGGGGUGUGUUUUUAUGGUGUUCUCAGGAUUGUCUUAUCAAAUUUACCUCAAGUGGCAGAAGUUGCAAAGAUUGCAGAAGAAAAGAAAAGCCAUGUGAAGCCUUCGGCAAUUUUGAUGUCAAACACUAAUAUAGUAGUAGCUAAUUUGCUGUUCAACCCUCUUAUAUUACUAAGAUCUUAUGGUUCAAUGAACCAUAUUUAGGUUUAUGCUAAAGAAUAUUUGUAAUUUUAAUUGAAUAGAUACUUUUUGAGAAGUAAAAAUUUCAAAGACUAAACCGCAUUUUCUCUUU